AUGGGCUGCAUGGUUUGGGGGCUUCGUAAUCACUCGUCGCGCUUCAUGGAAUCUAAUAGCAAAAGUUUUCAGCCCUGGAAAGACUACAUGGGACUGUCGGAUGUAAUCCAAGGAAUGGUGAGUCGGAAUACCCCCGACCAUUCUCCCCCAGCGGCCUCUAAAGUUGACGUAGGUGCGGCUUGGGGUUCCCUGCGCCUUAACGCACUCGCCCAAAGAAGCGACCCUGAGACAUCUGCUUUUCCAGCUGUUCUUGUUGGAUCUGCGAGUCUAGGAUUCAGCACGCGACAGCCAGCUGGUGGCCUGCGGGACGACGUGUUGAUUGUUUCUGCUCGUCCGCCAACCGAAGCGGGGAUGAAAGGAGCGCCUAGCGGUCCACAAUUUCGCGGGACGACGGCGCGUCAGGAGAGACCGUCCCUCCCAUCUCCAGAGAGCAUGAGGUGCAGUUUUUGUAAACACAACGGGGAGACUGAAUCAGUCUACAAUUCCCACUGGCUGAAGAACCACUCAGGAGAGGUUUUGUGCCCUUAUCUGCGCCACUAUGUGUGUCCACUGUGCGGAGCCACGGGCGCAAACGCCCACACCAAGCGGUUUUGCCCGAAGGUUGACAGCGCGUACAGUUCAGUGUACACCAAGUCCAGACGUUGACGCUGCAGUGGGGUGGUUUCUCCCAGAUGGGACACGCAAAGAUGACGUUUAA